CAAGGUUAUUGUGAAAGAGCCAAGGAGAGGCAUGAAUAGUCGCUCUAUUCUGGGACACAUCUGAGCCUGUCACCUCUGAAUCCCUGGCUUCCCUGCAAUACAAGAACAGUAACUUGGAUCACUGUAUAUUCAUCAGGAAGCUGCAGCUUGUAUGAGAGUGCUUCGUCAAAGUUGAAACCAGAAGAUGUUCUCUGACAUGUCGUCCAGCCUCGCUUCCAUCAUAUUCCUGAUUCUGACACCAAUAUACAAAGUUCUCCACGGCCUUAUUUGGAGACUUACUGGGGUACAGUCUGCACGUGCAGCUACCAGCACGUGCUAUGAACGUUCCGUCCAUGUGCAACACGUGCUUUGGAAAAGGAAAGUGUCUCAUGCGACGCCUUCAAAUACAAAUGAAUUCUGGACUACACACGAAAGGUUUGACCAUCCUCGAAUCCUCUUGGACCCAUCAGUAUCUCUGUAUAAUAUCACUUCAACAGAGGCUAUAUUUUUAAAGACGGACAAAAAUGUAGACAUCUACAGCUCUGACACCCAUCCUUUCAUGAAGUGGGCCCAGACUGUCAAUGCUGAGAAGGUAUACACCAUUCCUGUGGAAGCCUUCCACCGUCUGGCGGACGAGACGGGAGACCCUCAGGUCCCUGUCAUAUGGCUCUCUAGCACUGGACGCUGUGGCUCUACUCUUCUCAGCCAGGUGUUUGAGAAGGUCCCCGGAACAAUAACCCUCGGAGAACCAGAGGCCCUAAUAUCUGUCACAACGUUAAGUAAACUUGAAACCUGCCCGGAAGAGGAAGUUCUCAAGCUGCUGCAGAGUGUCAUCAGGCUGCAGUGUAAGACGCUGCCAGGAGCUCAAAGAAUUAUUAUGAAGGUCGCUUCAUUCACAUUCGCAGAGGUCAAGGUCAUAUGUGAGAUGUUUCCUGAAAUCAAGCACCUGUUUCUAUACAGAGAUAGUUUGCCAUACGCCGUCUCUGCCAAGGGGUUAACUCAGUCGGAAUUUCUCACAAAGUUAGCAAAGGUGAUGAUAGAUUCUGAUUUACUCGCGAGGUUCUUUCCAGGACUUCGACAGAGUCUGUACAAAAUAUUUUCACGGGUGGAUCGCUAUGACCAUGACCUUGAGGAUAUGGCGGUAAAAUUGUGUAUGGUAGGACACACGAUGAUAAUGACGUCAGCCCUCAUGGCGAGAUACACGGAGUUUAGGAAGAGUGGGAUCCCGAUAUUUGCCGUUAAGUACGAAGAGCUUGUUAAGGAGAAGGAAGGAAUGGUUAGAGCCUUGUUCCAGAAAUUAAACAUACCAGAGAAACAUGUCUCGAAAGCUUUGGCUGCAUUUGAAGUCGACUCACAACGAGGCUCGUCAAUCAGCCGGAAGUCAACAGGAACACGUUUCCCCCCUGACACCGCGAGAGUUGUCCGACGGUAA